GGUGCGUCUCGGUGGUUCCGUCGUGAGGGCGGCGGCGGUGAAAGUCACUUUGACGGGAACUGCGGCGGCCGGUGACUGCGGAGGGACUGGGAGGGGCGCUGGAGGGCAGCAGCCAUGGCGGAGGACAUCCGAACCAAAUUGGAGCACUACAAAACUGCUCCCUUCGACAGCCGCUUCCCCAACCAGAACCAGACCAGGAACUGCUGGCAGAACUACUUGGAUUUCCACCGCUGUGAGAAGGCGAUGGCAGCCAAAGGGGCGGAUGCCACCCCGUGCCAGUGGUACUACCGAGUCUACAAGUCCAUCUGUCCCACCUCCUGGGUGACAACGUGGGACGAAUACCGUGAGGAGGGGACCUUCCCUGGCAAGAUCUGAGCUUCAGGUGGUGCUCAGGGGCCAACUGUUGUCACCUGGGGGGGGGGGGCGUUUUGGUGACACACCUGGUGGGACACGGCCAUCACCAGGGUGGGGGUGGGGACACCGUUGUCACCGUGGGCGCGGUGACACGGCCAAUAAAGGGUUAAACUGG